AAUUAAUUCUUAAUCCAUUGAGACGUUUAAUUAAUUGAGUUUUAAUUGUUGACUUUGGAGUUUAAUUGUUUCCGGGAGAAAGAAACAUUGUUAAUGAGAAAGUUCUCCUUUAUCUAAUCUCGUUCACUUGUUGGAUCCUUUUGGUUAUUUAAAUAUUUGUUUGGUCUUUGGUCUUUGUUCUUUGUUCUGGUUUGACCUUUUCUGGCCAUUUAAAAGAACGACUUGGUUAUUGGUUGAUUUCGUGUGGUCUUGGUGAUUGAUCUGGUUUUCUUUUCUUUUUUUCUUCUUUUCUCUUUCAUCUUGGGCUGGGACCAUCAUGGCUUCUUAUGGGGAUAUUGUUUUGAGUUACCAUGACACCUUAUUGAGACAAACUGAUGUAAAUACUUUGGAACCUGGUAAAUGGCUUAAUGAUAAUGUAAUCAGCUUUUGGUUUGAUUACUUGGAACAUGAAGUAUAUGCUGAAUAUGAUUCUUGUGUUAAAUUUAUUGCUCCUGAUGUUGCACAAUUUAUAAAAUCUGCUGCUGAAAAUUCAACACAAAUUGAAGAUGUUUCCACUGUUCUUGAAUCAAUGGAAUUGUCAAAGAAAAAGUUGCUCAUUAUUCCCAUUAAUGAUUCACCAACAAAUGCAAUGACUAUUGGAGGGACUCAUUGGACUUUGGCUUCUUUCACAAUUGACAAUGGAUCAUUUGAACAUUAUGAUUCUUUUGCUGGUAGUGUUAAUCAUCUUCAUGCUCAAUCUAUUUUCACCGUAAUUUCACCAAUUCUUACACCUGGAAGAUCGAUUGACAUUGAUCUAGAUUUCACCGAGAUUCCAACAACCCAACAAAGAAAUAAUUACGAUUGUGGUAUUCAUUUAAUCUGUAAUGCUGAUGCUGUUUGUAAGAAAUUUUUACUCGGCGAUGAAAGAUCAAUUUCCGAAAUUGCCUCAACUGAAGUUGUUAACAAAACUCGUAACGAAUUGAAAGUUUUAAUUGAACAACUCAAGUAUAAAAAAUAAGUUUAUACACAAUUGUUUAUCUUACACCAAUCAUCCAGAUAGUAAAGUGACCAACUGAAUCAGUUAAUUGUUGUCAAUUGGCGGAAACAAUUUCAAAAGUUUAAAGGUUUCCCUUCCCAUAGAUGGCAUUACCCUAAAUCUUGGUACUAUUUAAAGAGGAAUCAUCAUAAUCUUUGUUAAUUGUUGUUAAUUCUCAUUAUCCUGUUACAUCAUUUCGUGUUCUUCUCUCUUUAUCUCUCUCUCAAUUUUUAGCUUUUAUUUUCUUAUUGUGUUUAAAUCUCUUCUCAGAUAAACAUGGGUA